AUGAAAGGAUGUUUGGCGUUGGUGACCUUUCUGGCGUGCGUAACGGAAUAUGUGGCAUGCAUUAAAUGCGCAGAAUGCGAUUAUUUGCCCCAUACAAGUGAAUCAGGGACCAGAAUUUGCCCGGAAAAUUGUUAUGGAGAAAUUUGUUAUAUUGUAGUGAAUAAUUUCUACAAUGAGACUCUCGUUUCGGGUUGCGUUACCGUGGAUGACAACACACGCGCAUUUUUCCGAGGUAAAGCUUAUUGCUAUCGGAAGAAACGGAACACGGUGUGCGGAUGCACCACCCUGGAUCGAUGCAAUAGUCCUCAGGCGCCAUUCUCCAUGUUCACUUUCAUCACAACCCCGAUCUUCGAGGAAUGCGAAUUUUUGCCCAGAUAUGGUUCGUUUCCUUAUCUUUUUUUGACUCCUGAAUUUCCAUUCAUUUAUGGAAGCUUGUUCAAAAUUUUCAGACAGCUGUCCUGGAGAUCAUCCCGUUAUCCUUAA